CAACAACAAAACAGUCCGUCAGCCACUGUGAUGAAAUGUCAAAAUAUAAUCAAAAUAAAAAUAAAAUAAACCUGCUGCUGUUUAAAUUCGUAUCAUAUUUUUGCUUAAAGAUAAUACAAUAAAGAAAAAAGAAAAUUUGUUGUUAAAUAGUUUUAUUUAUAACAUUUAAAGAUCAUAAAUUUUGUGCUAAAAGUAAUGAAAUAUAGCCGUGGCUAAGAAGAAGCAGCAGACAGCCGUUUAAUGUUUCUGGUGGCCAGGUUAAGCGUAAAUGAAUCGGGACACGGAGUUUAUAGAAAACGCGGAAUAAUAACUAUUUAAAGUGCGAAGAAAAUUUCCGUAACGGGGUUUUCUUUUUUACAUGUUUAGAAUAUAAAUAGCUGUUUGCUAAAGUGUUUGUAGUGUAUAAAAAGCAAAACAACAAAAAAGAGUUCCUCAAUUUGGAUUGAGGUAGCUUUAAUCAGUUGCAGAAUAUUAACAAAAAUAUUAUUUUUUACAAUGGCCAAUGAGGAGCAGGAGUGGCGUCAGUCAUUAUUACAAUGUUUGAGGGAACGUAAUCGUAGAGAAGUGAUGCCCUUUAAAGAAAUCAUACAGCAGAACAACCGCUUGAUGGACAAUGUGGCUCAAUUAAAAUCAGACAAUUUAAAACUUUCGGUGGAAAAUGAACAAUUACGCACCGCCAUCUCAACAGGUGGCGGCAUGGGUGGUAAAGAUAGUACUGGCGCCCAAUUGGCUAUUGCUGCCCUGGAAAAGAAACUCUUGGCCCAACAGGAAGAGCUCACAGAGUUGCAUAAACGCAAAGGAGAAAAUUCUCAAUUAAUUGUAGAUCUUAAUAUAAAAAUGGAAAAACAACAACAAAUUAUAGCAGAAAAAGAACAUAGUCUUGCUGACCAACAAACUGCCAAUAAUUCCUUAAAAGCUGAAGUUCAAAUGCUUAAAACAAGUUUAGAAGAAUUGAAAAAUCUCAAUACAACAUUAAGAGAUGAAUAUACUGCACUGCAGUUGGCAUUUAGUGCACUCGAAGAUAAAUUAAGGGGGGUACAGGACGAAAAUCGUUGUCUAUUGGAACGUUUGAUGCGUUACAAAUCGAAGGAUGCCGAUAAAUUGAAUGAGGAAAACGAAAGCUUUUUAAGAAAAAGACUGCCGUCAAUUUUCAGAAAACGUUCGGAUAAAUUAAAACGAGAUCUGGAAGACGCUGUCCGUGAACCGAAUUCACCCUUUACACAUCAUCAUCGCAACUCCUCGAGUCCCUCGUUUCAAGGUGCGGGUGGUGGUGAUCCGUACGACGACGACGAUCGUGAUACUAGUAGUGGUGAUCAUUGUGUAGAAGCCGGCAGUGAUGCUGAUAUGUAUGGCACACAUAAUGAUCAGUAUGGGGGUGUGAGUGGUGGUAAUAUUGGCGGUUAUGGUUAUUACAAAAGUGCCUGUCCCACUAACAUCUAUAUGAAAUUUGAAGCCCAUGAAACAGAAUCACAUGCGGUACGUUGGAGUCCUAUAGAACGUGUCAUAGCAACGGGUGGUGCAGAUCGCAAAGUUAAGUUGUGGGAUGUGGGGAAGGGUUCUUCUGAACCUCGUGCCGUUUUGGGCGGCAGUAGUGCUGGUAUAAAUUCCGUUGAUUUUGAUUCCACUGGUACCUAUAUAAUAGGCACCUCUAAUGAUUAUGGCGCUCGUAUUUGGACUACAGGAGAUAAUAGAUUAAGGGUAAGUUCUAGUGAAAGUAAGAAUGAAAAAAAUUAAUGAAAAUUGAAUAAUGUAAAGUUUAGUUGUAUAAUGAAGCGGGUUUCUUUUUAAA